AUGUCUUUGGUCACUGAAACUCAUAAUUCAUCAAACGUCACCUUCGACACUUCAUCAACCGCGGGUUCAAACGCAUCUGCUUCACCUGUUCAUACUCGGCCCCCGUUUUCCUCAUUUUCUGACUCACUGGACGCACAACCAGGUGCUCUGCUUUCUGAAUUACUCUCUGACUGUGACCCCGUUUGUUUGGAUCCUUCAAACGGCACUCCUUUAGCCAGCCCAAAUACAUCCGAUCUUAGUUCGACGAGAUUGGACGUAAAACCUGAGGACGUUGUGCUGCGGGAGGGCAUUCACUCAUUAAUGACCGAAGGGCCCGUUCCUGAUCCAGAUCAUCCAAUGGAACUUUAUACAAACGGGCAUGGUCCUUGUUUCGAUGGAUCCCUAUCCAAACAUCUACGAGCCACAAAACCAGUGAACUGCUACGUGGCUGCUUCCACAACACAAGCCGCUCUUGUUGCAGCCGCUUUAGCUAAAGCUUCUGCAGACCGAUCCAUGAACACCCCAUUCUCACUCACGGAGCGGCCCACUGCUCGCAGACGCCCCAGAUGUCCACGAGAUGCCCACACUGGAUCUAGAGCCAGUGAAUCUGACCGACAAAUAUCUGACGCUUCAGAUCCGAGCUCAUCUGAUAUGAGUUCUGACAAGCAGACCCGAUCCGUCGAUCUAGAAAUGGAGGCUCUGAGCAACCCCCUUCUCAACAUGGUUACGUUCUCUGAUUUGAAAUACUGGUGCACCGUAUUUUACUACGAAUUAAACACCCGUGUCGGCGACGCUUUUCAUGCUGGUCGCUUGACCCUGACAGUUGAUGGUUUUACUGAACCGUGCUACCGAGCGGAUCGCUUCAGUCUUGGAAGCCUCAGCCAUGUAAAUAGACCUGCCCAGGUUGAGACUACCAGAAGACAUAUCGGUCGCGGUUUACGACUUCAUCAUGUGGGCAAUGAAGUCUACUUGGAAUGUUUAAGCGACGCUGCCAUAUUUGUGCAAUCUCCCAGUUGUAACCACUAUCACAAUUGGCAUCCGGCCACCGUUGUGAAGGUCCCUCCGAAGUGCAAUUUGAAGCUAUUCGACAGUCGUGCAUUCGCCAAUCAACUGAUGGAAUGCAUCUCACGCAACUACGAAUCGGUGUUCGCUCUGACCCAUAUGUGCGCAAUCCGGAUUAGUUUCGUAAAGGGUUGGGGCGCCGAAUAUCGUCGGCAGACGAUAACUAGCACUCCCUGCUGGAUCGAAAUUCAUUUGAACGGUCCGCUAAAAUGGUUGGAUCGCGUGCUCCGUCAGAUGGGAUCUCCCACGCUCCCCUACCUGAUUCACCGGUUCUUGCUUUCUCUGUGCGAUCUCAUCACACGCUUCUGCUCCUCCCGUUUAUUCGCUACUUCCCGAUCCAAUGUGCAUCAACUUAUUCUGAUAGCUACAGCUCAUUGCAUCGGAUACAUUCAAAACGGUUGGACAAUCUCGUGA